UCACCUCUCCGGAGCUAAACGGGACAGUGCUAUGUGGACUCUCCCCAAAAGCAAAACUUGCGAAGUGUACUGCGUCUCCGGGCAUGGACACUCAGGCUGCUCCGCUGCACAGGGAGAGGGGGAUUUGAAGGAGCCCACCCAGCCACUGGGUCGCCCCCCCACGAAGCCCGAGGACCAGGCGGAGCGGAGGGCGGGGGGGUCGCCAGCGGCGGCGUGCGGCUCCUGGAGGAGGUGGAUGCUGGGUCUCCUGCCUUUCUUUCCCUUCACCGCUGCCAUUGCACUGACGCUCCACUACUUAACAUCUCCACCCUGCUCAGUGUUCUUCCUCGGAGGCAGUGUGGAGUUCCCAAAUCUGAGCUUCUCCUCGGAGCUGGCCGACUCCACCUCCUCUCAGUUUCGCCUGCAGGCUCAGGCUUUGAACCAUUAUUUCUCAGAGCUCUAUGAGUCCACGCCGUGGAGCUCCUACUACCUGCGCUCAGGAAUUACUGCCUUCAGUGAAGGAUCAGAAGGGCUCAAUGUCUUCUACUGGAGCACAUUUUCUGCCCCGGACAACGUUGCCAUGGAGAUCCAGAGGUCCGGCCCAGAGAGGCUGCAGCGCAGGCUUCCUGGGAGCAACAAGGUGCAGCGGCACGGCCGCAACGAGCAGCGCUACUACAUGGAGAAAGACGACGACGUGCUGAACCUGCUGGGUUUGGACCCUGAUGACUUUGAAUCAGACGAAAAAUCUGACAAAAUUAAAAAUCCAAAUAAUAUCCAGAGUGGGAAGUGGCAGCUUGGCUUUCAAGCGAUGUCCUUCGACCUCUACGCCAAAUACGGGAACAACCGCACCCUCAGCCUCGUGAGUCCCAAGAAGCCAUACUACCAGUGGCGCCUUCGGGUGCCAUCGGGUCACGUGGUUCGUCUGGUCGUCCUCACCCUUCACGGGGCCACGCCAGGAAGCUGCACCGCCCACAAGCUCUCCGCCUAUGACUUCUUGCUUCCUUUGCAGAACAAAAUAAUCGCCAGGUGGUGUGGGCUGCCUGUUUCGGGCUCGUCUCCGGUCAUGAAGUUGACAUCCUCUGGGAACGUAAUGCUGGUCACCUUCUCCUUCAGCAGACAAAGGGAUGGAGCAAUCUUCAAAGCUUACUUCCAGGCCAUCCCGAAAGCAGCUUGUGGAGGCUCGAUUUCCUCCUGGAACGGCUCUGUUUCCUCACCUUACUACCCUUCCUAUUAUCCUCCUAAUAUAGACUGCACAUGGACACUGCGGGUGCCGUUGCCAGGAUACCUGAUCUCCAUGACGAUCGUGACGAUGGACAUUCAGGAUUCCCCAUCAUCGGACGGCUGUGAGAAAGACUGGCUGGACAUCGGAGGGGUGAAAUUUUGUAAUCCAGUGUCAGACAGCAGCAAAAAGCGAGUCUACUCCUCUCCUCUCUCCCUCCACUUCCACUCGGACGAAUCUCUCACUCACAAGGGCUUCUACUUGUUAUACCGAGCCUUCUCACCAGAGGGCACUUGCCCCCGGCAGUUUCGCUGUGGAGAUGGCCGCUGUAUCCCUCUGAGGAAGGUGUGUGAUGGAGUCAAGGACUGCUCGGAUGGACGGGACGAGGCUAAAUGCUCAUCCUGCAGGCCAGGGGAAGUGCUGUGCGGGAACGGCCAGUGCAAACCUCAGAGCAGCCAAUGUGUCAGCCAGAGCUCUUGUGCAGACAGCGGCGAAGAGGGAACCUGCGGGGGUAAGUGCUACCACGUGUGUCCAAACAAGGUGUGUUUGACCAAGUCUUCGGUGUGUGACGGUGUCAUCGACUGCAAGGACCGCAGUGAUGAGCUCAACUGCACCAGAGCCUAUCUUAAAGGGUGCUCCUCGUCCUCCUACAAAUGUGCCAAUGGAAAGUGCAUAAGCAAGGUCAACCCUGAGUGUGACGGAGUUAAAGACUGCUUCGAUGGCUCAGAUGAGCUGCGCUGUGGUUGCGGCACUAGGCCCAAGAAGCGCACCAAGAUCGUAGGAGGGACCGACGCCUUGGCGGGGUCGUGGCCCUGGCAGGUCAGCCUCCAGAUGGAUCGCUACGGCCACGUCUGUGGAGCCACGCUGGUCUCCAGCCGCUGGCUCAUCUCUGCAGCUCACUGCUUCCAGGACUCGGAUGCCAUUAAAUACUCAGAUGCACGCGCGUGGCGCGCCCACAUGGGAAUGCGCGUAAUGACCACGGGGAGCAACGGAGCAGCCACCAGACCGAUCCGACGGAUUCUCCUCCACCCCCAGUACGACCAGUUCACCUCUGACUACGACAUCGCCCUGCUGGAGCUCAGCACGCCUGUUUUCUUCAACGAGUUGGUGCAGCCCGUGUGCGUGCCCGCCUCCUCGCACUCUUUCACCACGGGGACAAACUGCUACGUCACGGGCUGGGGCGUCCUGAUGGAGGACGGUGAACUAGCCACUCGCUUACAAGAGGCCUCGGUGAAGAUCAUCAGCAGGAACACCUGCAACAAGCUGUAUGAUGACGCCGUCACUCCCAGGAUGCUGUGCGCUGGGAACCUGCAGGGAGGAGUAGACGCUUGCCAGGGAGACUCCGGAGGUCCGCUGGUGUGUCUGGAGCGCGGCAGGCGGUGGUUCCUGGCGGGGAUCGUGAGCUGGGGCGAGGGCUGCGCCAGGCAGAACCGCCCCGGCGUCUACACGCAGGUGGUCAAGUUCACCGACUGGAUCCACCAGCAGACCAAAGGACAGGUGUGACUGGACGUCGCACGAGCAUCACACACCCACGCGAAUGACCAAGUGACUUUAACACGCGGGACGAACGUCCUCGGGCCUGGAGUGUGCGUUCAGAGUGUUGUCGCGACUGCGUGGCAGCACAGGUUUUUUGGGAGGCAUGCGUCGGAGGCAGCAGACCGGCUCGGGGCUCCGUCGCUGCUCCAGCACAACCACAGCCAACAUCAUCACAGAAUAAUGCGUAAAAUAAAUGUAGCUCCUAAAUGGAUUAUUAAAUUAACUUGGUUUUUGGGGCUGCUGCUUAUAAAUAUCUGAGCUGUGAGUCAGUAUUUCCUGAUUUCUUCAGAAGAAUUUCAUACCCAACCCUGCAGCCACUCAUUAUUUUAUGUAAGAUGAAUAAUUUGUUUUUUUCCAGAGACCACCAAUAUAUUGGUAUGCACAGAUUUGAUAGCUUUUUAUCACUCUAAUGGAGGAUCACCAGCUUUCUGCUUUCACUGUAUUGCUUUUUAGGUUGCACACAUAUGAAACAUCUUUUGAAAGUAGACUGUCUUCUCGCUGCAAACAGCACAAGUUUUUAUAGGGACGUAAAUCUAACUAGUGGCCCUUGUUAAAGUGCUCUUCCUUCUCUAGUACAUGAAAAUUGAUGCAGCAGAGCCGGAUUCUUCCUCUUCAAAGCUUGGCACUUACAAUGUAACUCGGCCUCUAGACGGUCUGCUAGAAACUUGUGAAGUGACAUCAUCGGAGGAAGUGCACCAGAUCUUUAGCAGUUCCUUCUGGAGCAACAAAAAACUUUAUAGCCUACAACAUUUUUUUUCCACAUCAGCCACGGUGCUUGCCCAACACUUUAAUCAAGUUCCCGAUUAAUACCAGCGAAAAAGCCUUAGAGCCGUCAGGGAGGUUGGCACCCGCUGAAAUGCACGCACGUCUUCCCCUUGUGUGUAAAUGUAGCCAAUCACUUCCUGUUUUCCUCAUGUUUCUAGGCUCGCUCGUCUUCCCUCCCGUCACAGCUACAUUGUUCACCACAGAGAUUGCAUGCCAACAGAAAUCAGAUCAUUGGUAUGUGGAAAGUGUUUUCCCCCUACAAGUAUGUAACCGUGUAUCUCUGCCCUCAUCCACAGCUGUACGCGUACUGUAUGUGUUCACAGCUCACUUUGUGAGUUUAAGAGUUGAUAUUGUACUGUAUGUGUAUGUGUGUGUAUUUGUAUACCGUGGGUUUUAUGAGUCCUAGCCUUAUGUUCGGUGUAUUUCCUUAUGGUAGAGAAGUGAACAAUCCCUGGAUAGUAGGUGCAUUGAGUUUUUUUUUUUUUUUUUACUGUGAUUUAAUUUAUCUGCAUGGUGCCUCCAUUGGAUCUUAUGUUCCAGGAGAAGGCUUCCCUUGAAGCCACGAUGCAAUGGUCGUGUAAGGAGCAGAUGCGGUUUAAUUUCCUCCUUCUCAUCCAGCUGACACCACCCAGUGGUUAAUCCGUACCAUUGCCUGUUAAACUUCAUCUCCUGAACGAACGAUGCACCUUACAUUGAACUCUGCAGUUUGCAUCGUUGUUAAAUAAGCAGAUUAUAAUAUGCCUUUAUAUUAAAGACACCAUUAC